AUGGAUCUGUCUACAAAAGUAUUCUUGGGUUUGCUGGUGGCGUUCAUUUUGGUGGUAAAGAGGUAUCUCAACCAACCUACUCAUAAGAAUAUAAAUAAAACUGUGGAUAUUAGCAAUGACGGAGAAGAAAUAGAUAAGGAUGUUCUUGUAUCUGGCAAAGAUCAAAAGACUGUCAAGAGGCGGAGGAAGAGACGUGUGACUGAGGGAAUGAUUGAGAUUGUUUCUACAUUAGCCCCACACCUGGAUGUAGAACAGAUCAAAUAUGACUUGGAAAAGACAGGCUCUGUAGAGUUGACCGUCGAGAGAUUAUUGAAAGGUGAAGAGUUUGAAUUUCCACCAAAGGAGGAUGAAAGCUCAACUGCAAAUAAUAGCAAGAGUAAUGAAGAACCACAAAAUGAAGAAGAUUACUACGAAGACUACCACACUGAAACUGAUAGUAGCGACUCAGAAGACGACGAUGACUAA